AUGGCGAAGAACUGUCAUAACGACUACAAGAUGAAGUUCUCUGCGGACGAGGAGUUCCCCGAUCUGUCCCUGCACAACAACCACAUGGCCAAGGUGCUUAACAAGGAUAUCUACAACAAGCUGAGGGGAAAGUCCACCCCCAGCGGCUUCACCGUGGAUGACGUCAUCCAGACUGGUGUUGACAACCCUGGCCACCCCUUCAUCAUGACCGUGGGUUGCGUUGCUGGUGAUGAGGAGUCCUACGAGGUCUUCAAGGAUCUGCUGGACCCCAUCAUCUCCGACCGUCAUGGCGGGUACAAGCCCACUGACAAGCACCAGACCGACCUGAACUUCGAGAAUCUGAAGGGUGGUGACGAUCUGGACCCCAACUACGUGCUGUCCAGCCGCGUUCGUACCGGACGCAGCAUCAAGGGAUUCACCCUGCCCCCCCACAACAGCCGUGGAGAGCGCAGAGGCAUUGAGAAGCUGUCCAUUGAGGCCCUGGCCAGUCUGGAGGGUGAGUUCAAGGGAAAGUACUACCCCCUGAGCGGCAUGACAGACGCCGAGCAGGAGCUGCUGAUCAGUGAUCACUUCCUGUUCGACAAGCCUGUGUCUACCCUGCUGACCUGCGCUGGAAUGGCCCGUGACUGGCCCGACGGCAGAGGCAUCUGGCACAACGACAACAAGACCUUCCUGGUCUGGGUGAACGAGGAGGAUCAUCUGCGUGUGAUCUCCAUGCAGCUGGGAGGCAACAUGAAGGAGGUCUUCAAACGCUUCUGCGUUGGCCUGCAGAAGAUUGAGGAGAUCUUCAAGAAGCACAACCACGGCUUCAUGUGGAACGAGCAUCUGGGCUACAUCCUGACCUGCCCCUCCAACCUGGGAACCGGCCUGCGCGGUGGAGUGCACGUCAAGCUGCCCAAGCUCAGCACACAUGCCAAGUUUGAGGAGAUCCUCACCAGGCUGCGUCUGCAGAAGCGUGGCACAGGUGGUGUGGACACAGCCUCCGUGGGUGGUGUGUUCGAUAUCUCCAAUGCUGACCGUCUGGGCUCCUCCGAAGUGUCUCAGGUCCAGCUGGUGGUUGACGGUGUCAAGCUGAUGGUUGAGAUGGAGAAGAAGCUCGAGAAGGGAGAGUCUAUCGAUGGCAUGAUCCCCGCCCAGAAGUAA